AAAGAAAAUUGUAUUUUUUUCCUGUUUCGUCGAUUUUUUAUCUGAGCUAUCUUGUAUUGAGAGAAAUCUUUAACUUAUAUUGCAAUCAUGUCAUGCGAAAUACACACAUCUGCUUUGGUUGAAAACUUAAAUGAAGUUCAAUCGUUUUUUGGGCUUAGUGGAAUUAAAGAUAAAUCAUGGCUUCAUGGUGUUUAUAUUGCUAUUUGUAACGACUUUUUAUGCUUUGGCUAUGGCUCAAAAAUUGUUAUUCUUAACUCUAAAUAUGAUAAAGAUCAGCAGCAAAAAGUAUUUGGAAAUUCCUCAAGAAAUGUGCAGCUGGAGGAUGAAAAUCAAAUUAUAACAUCGAUUUCAAGUACUUCCAUCAUAGGCGGUUCAAGUUAUGUAGAUUGGAUAUGUAUCAUGGUUGGAUUAAGUACAGGAGACGUUGAAUUUUACUCUGAAAAUGGCACAAAGUUGUAUCAGAAACAAUUGCAUAAUGAGUCAGUUAUCAACAUGAGAAUUGUAGCGGAAGAAAUUAUAAUAUUUUAUCCUUCAUGCAUUAUUGUCAUACAAAUGGAUCACUUAGUUCCGCUUCUUAAAACCUUGAAAGAAAUGUAUAGUAAAUCCAAAACGACUAAAGUUGAUCAAAUGGAUAAGGACUUCAUGUUAACAUUUAAAAAAUGGGAUUAUAGAAGCAAGGAAAUCGUCAUUUCAGACGCUUUAAUGAUUCCACAACAAAAGACAUGUGUUUUUGAUCAUUUAGUAUCGGAAAGCUUAGAAUUGGGAUUUACAAAAAAAUAUCGAAUAACGCCAUCACAACAUGCAUCGAUUAUAACAAUUGGUUCAAAGCCUUUUUUGAGUUUUCAUUCAGCACGAGAAGGUUUCCGUCAAAAUGUUUUUACUGAUGUUGCAAAAGCCGUCGUCAACAAAAUAACGUCACGACUUCCAUCAUGGCUAACAGGAUCUCAAUCACAACAAAGUGUUGAAAGGGUGGAAGAUGUUGAAAAUGUUUGUGAAACUUUGUAUUCUCGCUACGAACUUAACGAUUAUCAAAGAUUGGGAUGCAAUAUUUACUUGGCACCAUUACAAUAUUCGGUUGCUGUAGCUACAGACAAUCUAGGAAGAAUACUUUUAAUCGACACCUCGACAGGCAUUGCGAUAAGAAUGUGGAAGGGAUAUCGCGAAGCACAAUGUGGUUUCAUAGAGAUAACUGAAGCCAGAAAACGAAAAGAACAAUUUUCAGAAUUUCGGCGAUCUGGAUUGUUUUUAAUUAUUUAUGCUCCGAGAAAAGCUAUCAUUGAAAUAUGGUGUUUACGUAAAGGACCAAAAAUUGCAACAUUCCAAGCAUGCAAGAAUGGUUUUCUCAUUUACAAUUGCCAUGAUGGACAUAAAUUAUCCAAAAGUAAUAGAACGUCAUGCCAAUUCUUUGAUGCUGAUGACAAUUCGUUGAAAACUUUUUCCAUUCCUUUUCAUUGCAUUUUAAGUGAAGCAAAUUCAAAGAGCGCUGAAGACUUCCAUUAUCUUAAACGAUUGAAAAUACUGCUGAAAAAUGUUGACUUUACAGAUGAAAAUACAAUCCAUUGCAUCACAGAACUUCUCGAAAAAUUUAAAACACCGGAGAUAAAAUUAAAGUGCUUAGAACUAUUAACAAGUUAUAGGAAGUCGGAACCUAUGAUAAUUAAGAAAGCAAUUGAAAUAUUCCUCAAAAGUUUAUUAAUUGAUUCUAAAGAUGGUGGAAAUGAUGAAAAUGAAGGGAAAGAAAGUAGUGAAAUUCAAGACGAAAUUUAUCGAAAUCAAUUAUCAACUUCAUGUCACAAUUACAAAUCACUUAUCGAAUGCUACUUGCUGGCCAAAGGUCAAUCAAAAGAUUGUGAGACAAGUAAGAAUGAGGACAUUGAAUUAAUGGAUAACGAAUAUCUAACGGUGCAGAGGAUUGCUGAGCUUAUGAGCUUAACAAAAAAUAAAGAACAUGCUCACGGUAGUAAAAAUGUUACAUUCAAAGAUAAUGAGGAAUCGAUAGUGUCAUUUCUGACUGGUUUCGUGGUGCAUAGUGAUUCAAUUUUUAUCAAUAAUGAACAUCAGAAAAAUGCUUAUGAUCAAAUAGGAUCAGUUCUUUUUACAAAUGCUUGGUUCAAUUUAAUUCCAAUGACAAAUCUUCUCGAUAUUUUUGCACUAAGUCGAAUUAAUAGUGAAGAUAUAAUGAAAUGUUUCCUUAAUUUUUGGCUUCAACAAGAUGUAACUUGUGCAGAUGAAAAUUUUAUUCUCGCAGAAAUGACAAAGUUUAAAGAAGUUUUGACGCAAGUUUGUCUUUAUGCUGGAGGAAGCGUAACUUAUGCAUACAAUUCGAUUUGUUUGUUUUGGCAAAACGUUCGCGAGUAUCUUUUAGAAAGCAGUAAUCCAAUCAACAGUCUUUUAGCUGCGAUCAUUUGUAAAAAUUUUGCUCUUAAGAAACAAGAUGAAAGUCAGGAAUUUGGAUUUGAGCAAGUAACUCAAGAAGAAUGCCAGUGGACGUUAUUAACAGAAAAACUGAAUGAUGUUGCGGUUUUAUCUAUAUUUAUUAAUCAAUUUGCAAGUUCCAACACAAAUCACAAAUACGAUGUUCCAAAUAUUUCUCUUAAAAAAAUUCUUAAUGAUGGAAAAGGAAUAAUCAGCGAAUUGGUUGCUUCAUGGCUUAUUGGUGUCGAUUUUCCAAUAAAUUUAAUUUUUACUUCUUCAAGCGAUGAAAAUAUCGAAACGGAUAAACGAAAUGUUAUCAAGAAGUUAGAGAUUCUACGCGAGUAUUUUCCUUACAGCUUAAAUGCAGCUGUAAUAUUAUGUCAUGUGAUUUGGGAAUUAUUGUCAGCUCGUUGGUCUAAAAAGCUGUCGGAAAUUCAAUAUUUAAAAAAUGGUAUAGAAUAUUUGGGAUUAUUUGAAGAAAAGGAUUAUCAUCUGAAGCAAGGCCUCUGUGUUUUAUUGUGGAAUGCAAAUUUUAAAAUUCCUUUAAAAGCCACGCAAAAACUUAUUAAUAAAACUGGCAGACUACCACGAGAAAAGUUAUGCUUACAACAUACAAUGAUUCCUGAUUUUUUGAUGCCUCAAUUUCUAGAGCAAACACUUGUCUUUCUUGAACACUUUAGAAGUUGUACAACUUACAAUAAACUUGAAUUUAAAUGCGAAGAGAUUCUCACACAAGGAUAUUCGGUCUCAUCACUUUCCUUAAUUGAAUUAAUUAUGCAACAGCAAAGUGGUAACUUACCAUUAUUGAAUCUUCAUUUUGAGAUGGUCAAAGUGCUUGAACUAAUUGCUUUUUUGGGAAUAAAAUAUAGAAGACCAAUGGAAACACUUUUUGAUGAAGUUUGUAAUAAAACUUUCUUUAUGGACCUCAAUAAGCCAUUAACUUACUCCAUUGUCAAGCCUGACGGAAUCCGCCAAAGUGUAAGAAUUUUCUUUUUAAUGAAAGCAAUCACUUCAACCAUUGAUUUAAUCAUUGAAUGCCAACAAAAGAUAUAUUUAGACGACCACUUCAAAUGGAUUCAAAAAAUUAAAGAAUUAGGCACAAUUUGGGAUCUUGAUAUCAAUGAUUUAGAACGUCAUCAAAUUCAGGAAUUAUUCAUGAACGGUUACGAUGAUAUGGCUGAUGAACUUCUUGAGAAAGUUUUGGAACCUGAAAAAAUUGUUAAAAAGCUUUUAGAUAUUGCUGCAAAACGUCUCGACUUACACCUUCAAGAUAGCAGAUCAAAUUGGAAGCAUGUAGCAUCAGGUGGUUCAUUAUUGACAAACUAUUUAGAGAUUGUAAAAGACGAUCCAGUGUUAACAAAUGUCAAAGCAUCAAAUUUGGAAAAGCUUUAUCGCCUCACGUACAAAAUUUUUCAAAUUGCAUCUCUUAAAAAUUUCUCCGAUUCAAAAACUUUA